AUGAAUUUAAUAUUAAUCAGUAUAAAGAGUAUUUAUAAGCAUAAGGACGAUUUUUUUUUCAAAACAGACAAUAGACAAACGAACCAUUUAAAAAAUAUUUUAAAGGUAAAGGUAAAUCAGACGGUAAAAGUCGGGGUGAUUAAUAAAGGCAAGGGGGAAGGAGUUAUCAUAGAAGAAAAUAAAAAUUUUUAUGUUAUAAAAUUGUUAACACCUAUACAUUUGGAAAAAUCGGAAGAUAAAUUUAUUCCUGUUGAUAUAGCUAUAUGUAUACCUAGACCAAAAGUUUUAAGCAAAUCGUUACAACAAUUAUCGUCAGUUGGUGUUAAAAGGAUCAUUAUUGUAUUUUCCGAGUAUUCAAAUAAGUCUUAUGAAUCAAGUAAAAUUUUAAAAAAUGAAGAAAUAAAAUAUGCACUUCAGUUAGGACUGGAACAAGCCAUGUGUACACAAUUUCCUGAAAUUUAUAUACAUUACUCGUUCAGCUCCUUUUUUAUGAACAUUCAGAAAUAUAGCGAUGAAAAUACUAUAAAACUGUGUGCACACACAGAUAUAAAAAUAAAAGAUACCAACUUAGUUGAGUAUUGUAUAUUAAAUAAAGAAAGAGGGAAAAUUCUUUUAAUGCUCGGAUGUGAAAGAGGUUUUUCCGAGCUUGAAAUUUAUUUGAUAAAUAAAUUGCAAUUUCAUUUUCUUAAUAUAACUGAAAGAAUUUUAAAAUGUGAAACAGCUUUGUUAAUUAUUAUCGGUCAGUUACUUUUAUUAACAGAAAAUAUAUCCAUUCGACCGAGUGGGAAAAAAAUGAGAAGAUCUUCUAGAAAUAUUCGCGAUGUAAGGAAAGAUAAUUCGAUCAUAUUGGACAAGAACAAAAAGGGAAAUACACAUAACGUGCAUAAUAUACAUAAUACGAGUAAUACACAUAAUACACGCAAUACGUAUAAUAUACAAACUAACGGCACUUUUCAAAAUAAAACAGAAAUGAUCAACGAAAUUAAAAGUAUAUUAAAAAAGGAAACAUUUUUACCUGAACAGUUAAUAAAUUCCAUAAACAAUUUUAUACAUGAUCAGGAAAAUACUGAAAUGAUGGAAGAUAUUUCGAAUAAUUAUGAAAAGGAUUAUAUGGUGAAGGAAAAUACAAAUAUUAUUGAUUCCCUUUUAAAAAUCAUACAUUCUUUUAACACAGAUGAAAAAAAUAAGUUUCAAAAUAUUUAUCUAACUUUACUACUUAAGAAAAUAAAAUAUAAAAGUAAAUAUUAUAUGUCAUAUAAUGAUACAAGAAAUAUCAUUGAUGAGGACGGUGUGUUUAUAUAUAGGACACAGAGAUACGUGUCAAAAAAGAAAAAUUCUUUAAAUGAUAUGCAGCCCUUGUAG